CUUUGGACUGCGGCUGAAAAUUUUUUUGGGAGAACAUAAAAAGUCUGGCAUCAAGACCAGUCCAGCUUUUUAUCCUUUUAUCUUUCCACCAUCAUUCUACCUUCCUCUAUAUUUAUUUAUCCCUUGUAUAGUUUUGAUACACACCCAUCCUUCAUUUUUUGCUUAACGGGGUUUUCGAAUAUUCAAAAUGAUUCCUUUUUUUGAUCUGUUGGCGAAUGGACAGGACAUUCCCCACCCGUCGAUUUACUUAACUUUUUCAAAUAAGCGAAAACUUCAAAGAAACGCUACGAAAAUAGUGGAUACCAGCUACGCUGCAAUUGCGCUCAGCGGGAUAAUGUUUAUUUUUAUCUUUAUUGCCUGCCUCGCCCUCCCGGCCAUUGCCAACCGCACUUCGCUGCGCAUUUUGGCCCUCAUCAGUUUGUUCAACUUCCUAUAUGGCAUUAUUUCAAUGUUCAGCUACAAUUACAGCCUUAGCGGGUGUGUUGCCCAGGGAUUUUUCCUCGAACUGUUCAUCUACAGCGGUCUAUACCUGACAUCAGCCAUUGCAUUUAAUUUGCAUCUCAAGUUUCUUCGGUCUCCAAGCAAGCCACUGCCCAAGUACAUUGCCUAUCUGUAUUUUGUCGUCCCCAUCGCGGUUGCCACCAUGCAGCUGGCUCCCCAGUACAUCUACGCGGCAACCCAUGUGGCAUUGUUCUUGUUCCUCGUAAAGUUGCUUAUUCCUGCUAUUUUUGGUAUAUUUAAUUUUGUCACAUCGGUGCGCGUUAUCAUUGUUCUUUGCCAGAAGAGGUGCAUAAUUAAUGGUGCGCUCAAGUCGGUCAACAGGGGAGCGCCGGAACAACAUACUACUUCUGCAGUUAGCAAAAGAGUUAUCCAGCUACAGGCCGUGCGCAAGGUCUGCAAUGCCAGUAUCCGCGUUGCUAUUUACCCGCUGGUGCCACUUGUUUGCAUUGGACUGCAAGACACAUUCACGUUAUCCAGCGUUCAUGGCCUCAGACAUUACCUCGACGCCGUGUAUCUCACCUCACUGCUUGUCCCCGUCACCGUGAUAACAUACGUUUUGGUCUUUUUAUUUGACCCCGUUUUCUGCCAGCUGUUUACAUCGUCUAAGACUGACCAGACCGAGCAAGAAGCACAGGAUGCUGCUGUUAUUGAAGAAUCCUCAGAAAGCAACAACUCCAUUUCAGCAGCUGUCGAGAAACUCCAUGAGAGCGGCGAGCUUGGCCAAAUUAAAAAUAACGAGGAUGCCCAGAAAUUUUUCAAGACCAUUUAAUUGUCUUUAAUUUAUAUUUAUACUUGUUGGCAUUAAAAUAUAAUACCUAAAUUGAGAUGCAG